UUUUAUCAACAAUAAAAUUAUUUAAUUAUUAGAAUGAAACGCUCUUUUCUAUUGGUCCUUGUUUUCACAUGACAUCAUGCUGGUGAUUUCCUUAACUCUUUUCUGAUUGGUUAGUUUUGUACUUGUUUACAAAUUACUACGCACUAUAGUUACGAACUUUUUUCUCACCAAAUAUCUUCACAGUUGUCGACACGUCGUUGUAGCAGUCGGUUCUUGAAAUUGUUAUAUUCACCGAGGGUCUUUACUGUGGCCCGCCAUUAGAAAAUAGUUUAUAAAAAGUUUGGAGAUUAUUUACAUCAAUCAUGUAAAAGAAGUGCAAGAGGUUUCAUACAGGAUUAUUUGGACAAUUAGACGGUGUAUACAUGUGUUUGUGUGGCUGUUUGCCUUCUGUGAACUUUAUUUUAUACUUUGUACGGAAGCAUGGCGGAGAAUAGACGUUCUGAGAGACCAAAAGCUGAUAUGAACUACAGACAUUUACACGAAUAUGGUAAAGGGUCUCCGUUGAAAAUUGUAGAACUCCCAUCGGAGCCCCAGGAAGAUGUCAUCGAACGCUCGCUAGAUGAAAAUUAUCCUGCGUCUGGUGACCAUGAGCAAAGCGAUAUUUCCGGUACUGUUUCAUUUUCACUUUUGGCAGAAGAAGAAGAAAAAGUAAGGCUUCAAAAAAGGUUAGCACUCCUCAAAGAGAAGGAGAAACAAUUACAAAAACACAAGGAGAUUGAAGACUUACGACGGGAGGUCGAAGAGAAGGAAAAAUCCGUGUCAAAACUAGAGAAACAUUUGAGCCCCGGUAGAAGUCGGGCUUCGACUAGUACGACUACGAGUGACGAUAUACAGACUGAGCAGGAGAAAAAGACGAAACAUAAAAGAGGCCAUACGUCGUCCGAAACAAAGAAACAGAGUUACACAAAAGACAAAGAGUUACAGUCAUUGAGAAAGGACUUGAAAAUGACUACAGCUUCAGCCUUUGCUCAAGAUCUUGAAGUGUGUUUUGAUGCCAGUAUCUGUAAGUUUAGAAUUUAGUUUUUGUCUUGUUGAUAGACAUUUUUUAAAAAAAAAAAAAAAAAAAAAAAAUUCUUUUUUGCUUAUGCUUUGCUUUCUUUGGGCUGGGAGUUGGCGUGUUAGAUGCAUUUGGUGCAUCAAAUGUGAAUUGAAAUUUGAAUGAGCUGUUUCUUGAAUUUACAGCUCUUUGUGUAUUUUAAAAUACUGCUAUAUGUGCUUGAUUGUGGAACAUAAUAUUUAUUGUUCAUUUUGUAUUUGCUACAAUAUAAAGCGUGUCGUACAUGAUUAUACAUUAAAUCAUAAUUACAUAAUUGAACCCGUCUUCUGUUUUCGGCUUAAUGAGAAUAAUUUAUUACAUUUUAUCAACAAUAAAAUUAUUUAAUUAUUAGAAUGAAACGCUCUUUUCUAUUGGUCCUUGUUUUCACAUGACAUCAUGCUAGUGAUUUCCUUAACUCUUUUCUGAUUGGUUAGUUUUGUACUUGUUUACAAAUUACUACGCACUAUAGUUACGAACUUUUUUCUCACCAAAUAUCUUCACAGUUGUCGACACGUCGUUGUAGCAGUCGGUUCUUGAAAUUGCCACUCCCACCCACCCAUAUUAUUUUCUUUCAUUUAUUUGCUUCAUUAUCAUUUAUUUUCUUCAGUAAUUUUAUUUGCUUCAUUUGCAUUUAUUCGCUUCAUUUUGUUACAACGCAAAUUUUAGUUGCUUCAUUAUUUCAUCUUUAUUCAUGUUUAUUCAUUAUUCUUUUUUUUUCCCAUUCUUUUUUUUCCCAUUUGUUCAGUUUGUUUCAUGAUUAUGUAUUCUUGUUAUGUAAUGUGUUAAAUAAUAAGAUAGACAGUGGAUAUACUCAGAACUUGCAGUGUGGCGUGUUAGAUGCAUUUGGUGCAUCAAAUGUGAAUUGAAAUUUGAAUGAGCUGUUUCUUGAAUUUACAGCUCUUUGUGUAUUUUAAAAUACUGCUAUAUGUGCUUGAUUGUGGAACAUAAUAUUUAUUGUUCAUUUUGUAUUUGCUACAAUAUAAAGCGUGUCGUACAUGAUUAUACAUUAAAUCAUAAUUACAUAAUUGAACCCGUCUUCUGUUUUCGGCUUAAUGAGAA